AGUUUAAUAUAGAAUAUAGAGAGAAAAGAAAAGACAAAAAUGACAGAAAAGCGUUUUCGUUAAUAUAAUAAUUUCUCGCUACGUUAAUAUAAUAAUAAUAAUACGUUGAUACGUUAAUACAAUACGUUAGUAUAAUAGGUUACGUCAGCUUCUGAUUGCAGAGGCCUUUACUCUUCUUCAUUGUUGUUUUUCCAUUCGUUGUACGUUAUCAGUUCGUUAUCGUUACGUUAUCAGUUCGAGCAGUUCCGAAAAUCAAGCCGAAAACAAGAUGGUUCGCGCCUGGUUUAUGGACAACGAGAAGACCGAUCAGCGUUUGGAACACCAACUGAAUCCACCAAAGUUUCUAACGCUGGAAGAUUUGUUCACCUUCACCGGCGUUGAGUAUUUCAAGAUCAACAUUCCUUCCUACAACACGGACGGAGUGUUGGACAAAAUCCGCACGGACCGAGGUUACUCGUACGAGGACGAAAUUACCUGCUCGGAAGCCUGCUUGCCGGAUUACGAGAGCAAACUGAAGACAUUUUUCACCGAACAUCUGCACACCGACGAAGAGAUACGGCUCGUGAUUGACGGUUCCGGAUAUUUCGAUGUGCGCAACGGAAAAGACGAUUCCUGGAUCCGCAUCGAAGUUGUAGCUGGAGAUCUGAUCAUCAUUCCCAGUGGAAUCUAUCAUCGCUUUACGUUGGACACCAAGAACUACAUUAAAGCCAAACGUUACUUCGUUGGGGAACCUGUUUGGCUGCCGUACAAUCGACCGGUUGAUGAUAUGGACUGCCGGAAGGAAUAUUUAAAACGACUGGAAACGGGGUUCGCUGCUUGAAGACAUUCCUGCAAGAUUAUUACUGUGUUGACAUAUAAUUUUCAAUUUUUGUUCUUUGUUGCUUGACCAUUUAACAAAAAUGUAAUCCUUGAUCAUUUGUUACAAAAGAAGUAUAUAUGGGAAUAAUAAAAACCAUUUUUCUUCUUAUUUUGAA